AUGCCCUCUGCAUCUCCCGUGGGGCCCUCGGCCGGGCCAGCCCCCAAUGCCACGGUGGCGGUGGCAGCGUGGGCCAACGUCAGCAUGCAGGAGAGGCCGCUGUUCCACCUGGUUGCCCAGCUGGACGAGAAGCUGCACGCUGCCUUCCCGGGCCUGUGGCUGGCGCUGAUCGCCGUGCACGGCGUCAUCUUCCUGGCGGGGCUGGUGCUCAACGGGCUGGCGCUGUACGUCUUCUGCUGCCGGACCCGGGCCAAGACGCCGUCGGUCAUCUACACCAUCAACCUGGUGGUGACCGACCUGCUCGUGGGCCUGUCCUUGCCCACGCGCUUCGCGGUCUUCUACGGCACGCGCGGCUGCCCGCACUGCGCCUUCCCGCACGUCUUCAGCUACUUCCUCAACAUGCACUGCUCCAUCCUCUUCCUCACCUGCAUCUGCGUGGACCGCUACCUGGCCAUCGUGCAGCCCGACGGCUCCCGCCGCUGGCGCCAGCCCGCCUGCGCCAGGCUCGUGUGCGCCCUUGUGUGGCUGUCCGCAGGCGCCGUGACCAUGUCCGUGCUGGGGGUGACGGCCGGGGGCCAGCCCUGCUGUCACGUCUUGGCGCUGACCGUCUUGGGGUUCCUGCUGCCGCUGCUGGUCAUCAGCGUGUUCACGGGCCGCAUCGUGUGCGCGCUGUCGCGGCCGGGCCUGCUGCGCCAGGGCCGCCAGCGCCGCGUGCGCGCCAUGCAGCUGCUGCUCACCGUGCUCGUCAUCUUCCUCGUCUGCUUCACACCCUUCCACGCCUGCCAGGUGGCCGUGGCGCUGUGGCCGGACGUGCCGCUCCACGCCAGCCUCGUGGUCUACCACGUGGCCGUGACCCUCAGCAGCCUCAACAGCUGCAUGGACCCCAUCGUCUACUGCUUCGUCACCAGCAGCUUCCAGGCCACCGUCCGGGGCCUCUUCCUCCAGCGUGGAGCAGCGUGUGAGCCCGGCGGCAGCCAUGCGGUCAGCAUGCACAAGAGCUCCAAGGCCUCAGGCCACCAGCAUGUCCUCAGCGCCAGCCCUCAUGCCCUCACGCAGGCCCUGACUAACGGGCCUGAGGCCUAGUCAGCAGGCUCUACAAGAGGCCAA